CGUUGGUCUGUGCACAUCGUGUUUUCCAGAGCACACAGGAGACGAAUAGACAUGAAGGCAAUAGUUGCUUUGCUGUUUCUCUCGGCACUGGCCUUGUAUGCUCAGGCGGAGAUGGAGUACCAUCCACAUGCAAUUCUAAAUUAUCUUGAGAGGGAAGAUCAUGAGAUGGUCAGAAAAGUUCGCGGCAUCUUGAAACUGCAAGAUCCUGGACCCAGCUUUGAACCAUCCUUCAAACCAUCCUUCAACCCAUCCUUCAAACCAUCCUUCAACCCAUCUUUCAAGCCAUCUUUCAAGCCAUCUUUCAAGCCACUGGUCCCACUGCCAAUAAAAAAGUGUUUGGCUCAAGCACUGAUCUGUCACCAUAAAGCUAAAGAAGAUGCUUGUGAACAUCUGAAGUGUAUCAAGCUGACUGGAUGUUGUCUAAAAGAAACAGGGAUUGAAUUUAAUCCACCUCCUAUUGUGAAGAGAUGCCUGCCAGUUAUCCCGUGUUGCAUGCUGGGAAGCGAGACCUGCGAAGAGAAGCUGUGUUGUUUCGUGCGAUUUGGAGAAUGUCUGAAAAAACUUGGUGACAAAAUUGACGCAUAACUCAUUUUAUCCAAGGGAUGGAAAAAAAGGAAUUAAUCAUUAGACCGAAAAACUACCAGUAGCUUUAAAACGAUAUCAAGUUGUCAUGCGUAUACCUUUGUAACAUUAAAGAGCCUGAUUGUAAUAA